CCUUGCCCGAACCAUUACAUCCACAAGUACGCCUUCCAGGAGCUCGCCCUGGCCGACAAGAAGGGCUCCAAUGAGCAGCCUUACUUCCGCGCCUCGGUCUUCUUCUCCAAGAAGCCCGGUCUGACUGACGAAUUCUUCCAUGACCACUGGAAGAGCAUUCACGCCGACUUGGUGAUGCAGACAAAGAACACGGGUAUCCACUUGCUCCGUUACUCUCAAUUCCAUAUGGAGCAGAAGCACCGCGACGAGAUCCAGCCUCUCCUGGACGCCAGCCAGGGCCCGAUGCAGCUUGUCCCAUGGGACGGAUGCGCAGAGUUCCUCGCGAAGGAUGCCGAGUCGUUCAUCAAGUUCAUGAAUGAUGUCUACAACUCCAACCAUCUGAUGAGCUGCGGGAAGCGCUUUGUUGAUCUCACCAAAGGCUACCAGAUCAUGUGUGGAUAUGACAACAUCAUCUACGGCGCAGGUAUCCCAGGUGUCGGCACCGAUGGCAUCCUUCCUGGCGACUCCCGUCUGACGUACGAUGAGGGUGUUGCC